AUGCCGCUGUGGGCGGAAGCAGCGUGUCGCGUCGGCGUCGCCGCGGGCCACUCACGCCAAUUUACACCGGCUCCCCGCAGCCACGAGGCCGGCGGCGGAGGGGACGACGACAGCCGCCGCAGCUGGCGACGCGCCGAGCGCGUUGAGGCGCAGCACCGCACACGCCGUCGCCGCGGCGCGCAGGACCUCGGGGGCUGGCCGCACAAGCCGCCCGGACUCGACAGCACCCAGGCACUCCACGGCCAACGCAACGCGCCGCCUCAGCCGCCGCAGGGAGUGCCCGACGCGUCGCAGGCCGGAGGGCACCGUUCCCGUCCCUCGGGCACCGCUCUCGCUGCCUGUGCCGAUGGCGUCAAUGGCCGCGCCAGCUCCUAUUUGCGCCACGGCGUCAGGUCCCACAGAGAACCGUGUGCGUCUUGGGCACACCGUCAGACGCGGUGCGCCUGCGCGACAGGGCAAACUAUUCGGCUGCUGCGGCCCGUGGCACGGGGCGACGCUUCGGAGCCAUAG